AUGGGUCUUCCCCACAUGGAUCUCCAGACUUUCCAGGUCAUCCCGAGACUUUUGACGGUUCUGGACUCGAGUCUAAAUGCCGACGUGAUGGGACCGAAUGAUCUGGUCGAUUACGUGAUCGAGCCGGCAGGAGCAGCUUCUGCCAACCCGACCGAUACGAAAGACCACGGUCUACGAUUUACAAACGAGGAGUGGAACGGUAGCAUCACAAACCACCAGGCCUUUGCCCUGACUUGGAACGAGAGCAUAGCCAAUGAUCAGGGCAAUCUGAGGCUCUUCAGAAUCUGGUAUCCCGAGAAUGGUGUCAUGUCAUUUGAGCCGGUCUCGAACCUGACGGACUCCAUGGAUGAAAAAUCGUGCGUGUGGACCCCAGAGGGGCUCUCGGAUGACAACCUAUACACCCUGUGGGUGACGAGGGAGACGGAAGACGGCGAGUCGCACUGGGCAAUAUCACCUCCUUGGAAGCCCCUGAACGAAAAGAGACAAGAAGCCAGCAAGGUCCGAUGGCGCAACUCUGUCGGCAUCCCCGUCGUCGUCGUCCUCGCCGUAUACUUCAUAUCCCUGACGACAUGUCUCCUCUACCGCCGCCGGAGGAAGGCCAAGAAGGCCGAGAAGGACCAGGCCGGCGGCGACAAGAGGUCGGCCAGCAUGCUGGGCCCCUUCCCCCCCGAGGAUGACGCCGACCGCCACCCAUCAGUCAGCUCUGUCGGCACCGCCCAGACGCUCACCCCGGACGACGACGACCUGAUGAUGAAGAAGGUCGUCGAGAAGCAUCAGUGCCGGCACCCCUACAUAAUCAGGAACCCACAGCAGCCCCCGCUCAUAAACCCUGAGAUAGCAUGGAAUAGGGUCAUCUGGAGGAAGGAGUCGCUUGCCGAGCCGCCUGUGCCCAUGCCCAUGCCUAUGCUUCACGGGACGCCGGGGUUCGGCGACUGGGAUUUUCGGGUGCCCAUCGGGCAGGCGAGGUGA